UACAUCAUUCACGUGUUCUUAAUAAAGAAACCUCUUCCAGUUCAGGUGCAGCGCACACCAAUGGACUAUCCAGCCCAACAGAGCAAGUCAUUAGUCAUCCUGAUGAAAUGGAGAACUUGGAGCAAUAUCGGGUCAUUGCUGAUUAUAAUCGGGCUGACAAUCAUCAAGUUGAUCUGACAGCUGGACAGCUAGUACAUGUCAUUGAGAAACACGAUACUGGCUGGUGGAUGAUAGUUACUGAUGAAGAGCAGGGCUAUGCUCCAGCAGCAUAUUUAGAAUCUAUUGAUAAAACGUAUGAUUCAUUGGAGCCUGAAGUGUCUUCUAAUGAAGAGUAUGAGGCAAUGGAGAGUUACAUACCUCAGAGUGAGGAUGAGGUUGGGAUAUCAAUGGGUGAGAAGGUGACUAUUGUUCACAAGAGCAUGGAUGGAUGGUGGAAGAUAAGUAAAAAGGGUCGAACUGGCUACUGUCCAGCUACCAUCAUAAGAAGAGUGAGUCAACAAACCAACGAGUCAUCUCCAAGUGCUGAAAGUAUCACUUACGAAUCAGAGAAAUCAAUUUACGAGGGACUUAAUAUUCACAAGAAACCACCACCAAGAAGAAACACAAUAAAGAGGUCGGAUGACAUAUACAUAGUCCCCAGACCACUACUGGCUGGUAAAGUAGCAGGGACCAAUAUUGACAUGUCCGAUACACCUGCCUACUAUAAAGUACCAAGACCGUCUCAUUCCUCCACUUCAGGGAGUGAUGAAGACAGACACGGCGUCUGCUCUAACCGACCAUUCUCCCCCAAUCAUUAUGAGAUGGGCCCGGUGGAUAGUGAUAUUUAUGAGAAUACUGACUUCGAUCAUCCGUUUGAUCCAUCAGAGGGUAUCGUUCACCAUACCAUAUACCAGAAUACUUCAUUUGAUGGGACUCCUCUUCUUGAUGAGCCCAAGAAGCUUCCUCCAUUGAAGAAGUUUGGUUCUCCUCAGUUGAAGAAGUCUCCUAAUAGGCCGCCCCCUCCUCCUAAUAAACCAACUGCUAAUAAGAAACCAGACAGUCCAGUCAAUCUUGAUUUAGAUAAUGAGUACAUCAAUCCUGAAGAGUUUGCUAUUAAAGAUGAGACACGUGCCCCUAGUCCUCCCAAGAAAGUACCAUUCAAGUCACAAGAUUCAACAGGGAGCACUGGCCGGGUCAAAUAUGUGUCUAUAAUGCCAAUGCCUGAGCCACCCAAAGGAGAGGAAGGAGAGAGUAAGAGCGACUCAAUAAAGAGCAGGAAUAAACUGGCCAUGACCAAAUCCCUUGGUUUCCUUGAUUCAGCAAGAGCAUCGACCAGCCCAGAGAAUGAUGAUGAGUAUGUUGAAAUGGAUCCAGUUUAUGCUGCAGUAGCUCCAGAUGAGCAGCACAGUGAAGGGAAUGACACCACAACUGCUGGCAGACUAACUCCAGUCCAACAAAAGAAGAAGCGUCCACCAUUACCAGUCCCUUAUGUUAAACAACAACAACAACAACAAGCAAGUGAACAGGCGGUUGAGGUCCCUAGAGGUAACAUACUCAAAAGGACUAAAAGCUUAGAAGAUCUUCUAGCAAAGUCUGAGUCUAGUCCUCUAGCACCAAAGAAGCCACUUAUACCUUUAGCAGGGAAGGGAUCACCGUCAAAUGGCUACGAUCACAUCAAGCCAUUACCGAAUCCAAAACCAUCGUCUUCUCCAGCUCAUAAAAAGCCAGAGCCGGCAAAAAAGAAGCCAUACCCCAAGUUCAAGCUAGGAGGAGGUGGGAGUGAUUCAAAACCAGAGCCAGUUAUAUCUGCCCCUGUGCUAGUCGACUCAACAAAAGAUAUACAAACUCCUCCACCUCCUUCCUGCCCUCCUCCUUCUGCUUCAAAGAACUCUCGGUCUUACACUGCUAUUGAGGAUUAUACUAGUCAGGCUGAUGGCUGUCUUAGUUUUAGUGCUGGGGAGCGUUGCUUGCUGAUAAAGCAGUCGUCUGGUGGCUGGUGGUAUGUCAAUAUUAAUGGAAAGGAGGGAUGGACUCCUGGUGAAUUUUGGGAAGAAGAGAAAAGAGCUAUGACAGUUGCUUCAGCACAGCCUCCACAACUGCCUCCACAGAAACUUCCACCCACAAAGCCAAGGAGUGGCACCACUGCAGCCAUACUGAGUGACACCCCAUCCCCCCCUCUCUUACACCAGCACUCGCUUGAUAUUCCUCGAACUAAUUCCAAUUCUGAUGGGAGUCCCAAGUUGUCUAAAGGUAGAGGCCUGCCUCCUCCUCCUAAGCCUCGUCCAUUGAAUUCGUCGCCUCCUAACUCACGGAAGUUAGAGCAUCAUGGCUCAGCAGCUGAAAUGAAGUUUAGUUCUCCUCCUCCUCCUCCUCCACCAAGAAGAGCAGCAAGCCAAGCUAAUGGAUUAGGAGAUUAUGGUCAUUUGUCUGAUGUUACAACCGCCACACCAAUAGAGGAAUUCUCUUGGUAUGUUGGAGGAAUGGAGAGAGAGAAAGCUGAACAAUUCCUCAUUGAGAAUGGUAAACAAAGAGAAUUCUUGGUUAGAGAAAGAAUCAAUAAGAAGGGAUAUUAUGCUUUAUCAAUAAGACACCAUUACAGUGUCAAACAUUUCAAUAUUGAUCCCAAACCCGAUGGCUCAUACUCCAUGGGAGUGAUGCAGUUCUCUAGCAUUGAAGAGAUAGUGAAGCACUACCAGCACAACUCACUCUUUGUACACGAGGGACAGUCUGUUACUCUCGGGCAGCCCGUCAGACGCAAGUCAAGUAAAUUUGCUCAACACUGAGUUUGACUCUCUCCCUCUCCUUCUAUACAUAGUGUGUGUUUAUAUAUAAUUUUGUGAUUGUCCAUCCUAUUUUUUCUUAUAUUAUUGAUAUUCAUUUUUUUCCUCCUUUUUAAUGACAUGUUGUUUUGUAAUAUGUGCAGGACACAGUCGCAUUAAAUUGUCAUGUGAAUCAUUGCAUGCACCACAGUGUUAUUGGAAUUUACAAAAAUUAAUGAUGAUAAUAAAUAUCUAUUAAUGUGUUCAAUUUAUGUCUCAUUGUUUACUUUUAAAA